AAACCUGUUUCCUUUUUAAACCACUGUAGGCUGAAACUUAAUUUACCUCGACCACCUCGCCCUCCACGGUUAUAAGGCCCCUGGCUUCCCGGCAGGUGCUCAGCGGAGUCAGUGGAGAGGGGGGGUGUAUUAGAAGCUCUGCUUCACGUUUGAGCGCUGCGCUGAGCGCUAUAGGAGCGCUCCUAAAGAACAGCGUGUCCUUGGUAAUGUUUAAUUGAUAUGGGGGGGACUGCCCUCUCAGAGACAGCCCCUUCACAUUAUAACUGCCACCCUCCUUAAAUCUUUUUCCAAACUCCUCGAAUACAGUGACCUUGGCCACUGAAUCCCCAUCUGUUAAUGCGGCCAGAAUAUUCAUUUUAGUCUGUGCUGGUCUCGCACCAUUUGCGUCAAACUCCCAGGCCACCACCCUGGGCUGCUCCACCACCAACACCACACAUAGGUGGAUUGGCGGGGGGCGAAAAUAGGGUGUUGGAGGCUUUGUUGUCAAAAGCGUCUUUAAUGCCAUUCUGAAAUAUUAAAAUAAACACAAAGCAUUAAGAAAAAGCUAUGUAGUAGGUUAGUACACAUUAUUUUCUAAAACGUUUCUUUUAUUUCAUAUUGUGUUGCUUCAUUAGUAUAUGGUUAUCACAAACGUAUAAGGUUAAUAUAUAUUGGAUUAAAGAGAGCAUUACGUUUGCCUAAAACGCUAAACUGCAUUAAAAAAUUGAUGACCACUAUUUGGAAAUCGCUUUUGCUAACCAAGAUAAUCUAUCCAACCGCUAGCUUAAACAUUUUAAACAACUCUAGUCACUUAAUUGUUUCUUUUGUUAAAAAGGGUUAUACUUAUAGGGUUAUACAAUAUAAAUACUCAAUUAAUGUCAGUUAUUCUUCAUAUUCUUCAUUUUCUUAUCUCAUUUAGAGAGGAACAAACUUACUUCUCUGUCAGCUUUCACAGGACUGAGGCAAAUCACCGACUUUUGCUUGCGCGAGAUGGACUUUUGCCCGCGAAAUUUUUAUAUGGAUUUUUGACAGUGAUUUUGACAGUGAUGAGUUCAAAAGCGCUCCGAUGAUGUCGGAAAUAAUGGCUGAUGACGUAAGUGUUUGCCUGAUACACCGCGUAGGAGCUUAAUGUUGCUAUUUCCAAAACUAGAUUUAACAAGGUAAUAGUGUCACAAAUUAGUCUCGUAUUAUGUACUAAAAAAUCAUUAGUGAAUUCAUAUUAUGCCUUAGGAAAACAUUACUUAAUCAACUUUUCACAUUUCAAGAAUUAACCACAUGUAUUGACCAUAUCUUGUUGUCAAUUUAUCAGCUUAAACUAUAGUAUCUCGCUGAUGAUACGAGUGCUCUUAAAGGACAACUAUAGAUUUAAUAAAAUGCAUUAUGACAGCUGAGGAAUUAAGCUUUGAGGUUUGUUUGGUACAGUUUCUAUCGAACCCGGCAUUUUGAGAGCGUAAUGUCCAAAUGUUCCUGAAUGCAUCAAUCAAAUCUAACGUCACAUCAACGCAUCUCCGUCAAAUUCCUCUGAAGUCUUGACCGGUAAGUACCGCUGAGCCGCGGGUCUAAGGGCUCAUAGUUUGGAUGGUGUAAUGACAGUUAUAUAGUUGUGAAACGGCGUUGUCGUCCGUUUGUAACCCGUGCAGUAUGUGUACACUAAUGAAAGAGUGAAAUAUUCCCUGUGUAUGUCAACGCCAAAACGUGGCUAACAAUAGCAUAGCCGCUAAGCUAGCGGCACAUUAGUAUGACAAAUAUGUAACGGUAUUAAGUUAUGUGCUGAACUGGCAUGAACUGGUUAGUUGGGUAACUAACUUGGUUAGCUAACUAACGUUUCAGUUAAUAUGGAUACAGUCUGCGCUAUAGCCUUUAUGUUAUCGUGGUUUAACGUUAAGUCACGGGUUCAUUUGUGUGCCAUAUGAGGGAAAUAUUUCGUCUAUUAGUGUCAUAGUUCAUUAUAAGGAAGGAAGCGAUUUAAAUUCAUUCGUAACGUUUAUUAAGCAAUAAGGUACAAGAGGCUGUACAUAAAGUACUGCCUCGAGUACCUCAUUGCUGAUACUAACGUCGUUCAAACCGUUACUCUUAGUGCGCAGUGAUAUGAAACAAGAACUGUACAUCGCUCAAUAAUGUGCACCACGUGACUCACGGUCAACCAAUCAGAGCGCUGCAUUAAAUCAACAGUAUUAUAACACGAGAUAAUGCUGACUUAAAGUAUGUUCAUUGACAAAUUGGUUAAAAUUGCAAGGGUUUUGUCAGUUUGUGUUGACUAGUUGGUUGGCAUUAGCUACUAGUUAGCUGGUUAGCGUUACUUUGCUCGCUGCCAAAUUAGUCCGCCAACUGAUGAAAUUGCCACGGCCUAUUUUUAGCAUUAGGCCUACGUAGAAGUUAGCAUGUGGUAACCACGGGAAUAUUUCACUCCUCCAUUCAUGUCUGAAUUAUGGAUAAGUUACAAAUCCGAUGUCAAUAGCAUUUAAAGUAGUUUGUCUUUUGAGAAACAUAAUUAACUAUGUUGGUAAUAUGGAACAGCGGUAAUCUACUUCUCUCUCUAUGUAAUAAUUUCCUAUGGUGUUUUGUUUAAAGGCUGAAAGUUUGAACCUUCUUAAUGUCAUUUUGUCAUAUUGUUUCCUCUCUUAGACAACAGAGCAUCCUCCUUAUCUGCAUUGUGUUUGACCAUAACGGCUGGUGACUCUAAAGUGCAAGUUCACACAUCAAUUCAGAUAUUGCUCCUGCCAGUGUUGGUGACUCCAUGGAUAUUUGACAGUGUCCUGCUGUCCAGCAUCUCUCCUCCUCUAUCCCAUUGGCUCUCUGUCUCUCCUAUACCUUGUAUCCACUCUGUCUACAAUUUGAUAACUCUAGCUUUCCUGUCAAAUCUACCGCUCUGUCUGAUUUUGGAAACUCUAUCUUUGUAUCCCUCUUCUAUCCCACUCUAUCUGUAUACAGAAGCCUGAAAACCCUGAUAUUCUGAAACCUGAACCCUGAACCCUGAAACCUGAACCUAAGGUUAUUGCAACCUGUCUGAACAGAACUCUGAGAGUAUCUCCACUCUCCCGCUCUCUGUCUCUCCUCUGAACACUCACUCACCCGGGUUAUUGGUACCUGAUCUACCUUUUUGAAUGAUCUGAGAGAUUCUCUUCUCUCACUCUCACCUCUCUCCUAUCAACUCCUAUAUUUAUACAAUACUAUUACUGUUUUUACUAAUUUGACAAAACAUUUGAAAUUUACUAUUAAUGAGAUUAACAAAAUUUGCCUGAACAAAGAAUUGAAAAGUUAAUUCAGAAGCUAAAAAAACAUAAAAUACAAAUCUUUUUGUUAUAAUUGAAAAAACUACACCAUGAUCCAAAGAAUUGUAUUGUAAAAAAGUACUCUUUAUAAUUGAAUCAGGUAGAUUUCCUGAUACACUAUUUGCAAAAGUGCAUUGAAUUAACAUAAUUAAAGACAACUGCACUCUGAUAUAUAAUAAAAUACAUAACUAUUACAAAUCCAUAUUAGAGAAGUGUAUUUGCUCCUGAUCGCUGUUGCUGUGCACCUGUUGGUUUGUACUCAAAGGUUUGUUUUGUGAGCAAACACUGUUGUUAACUUGAUUAGUCUACGUACAAGGAGAAAUAAUUCCGCUACAUGCAUUGUAUCAAUUAUACCUAAUUAAUGAAUACAUAAUUUUUUUCUUAUAAACUUACAUUGUGCAUAUCAGUGUUUUGUUGUUUAUACUGAAAUAAAACACAGACGUCAACCAGGAGGAAGUGGAUUCAUCAGGAGUGGCUGUUUCCUGCUGAUCCAACGUUCUUCAGAACCAUCCAUCUGUCAUCACACUCCCACAACAACUGCUCCCGAAUAUAAACAAUAGCCGAAUAAAGUAUUAAGAUAAUUUCUACCAGUAAAUUUAGCCAUCUGAAAUCUGAAGGGCCCUUUCAGUCAGCUGCUUUCACUCAACUGCUUCCAAGUUGUGUGUUUGUGGUAGACUUCAGUUUUUACAUUGAUUAUAUAUUUCCACAGAUAAGUCAAGGUCUCAGUAAGCAAUAUCUAUUACAUAUUAAAUACCAUCGGUCACUUUAGUACAUGGUACUUUAUUUACGCAGACAGACAUACUAAGACCUGAUUGCAGUAUUCAAAUCUAGAAGUGCUUUGUCUAGACCCUCAUAUAUUAGAAUACGUCAGCUGGAUAAUUUCAUUGUGUUUUUUAUAUUAAAACUAUAAAAUAAUCCUUCAGGUUGCUGUCACUGAAUUUGACGUUCAAAUAUAAUAUAUUUAUCUAUAUUGAAAAGUGUUAUUUAUUCAUGUUUUGAAAAGCGUACGCCCAAACUGAGUUAAUUUUUCAUUCAUAAGUGUUUUUGAUUUAUAGCAGCAAGCAGGUUUAAUCCAUCUUCAAAUCCUUGUUCGUUAAAAGUAAUAUUUUACUUAUUGCAUUUAAUAUCUUGGUUUUGUACAUUUGUGGUUUUGAAACAUCAACAAUGCCAAGGAAGAGUAAGAGGUCACAAGCUCAGAGCCUGCGCUGGCAGCGGCCCAAUGAGAAUCCCUUUGCAACAACGACUGAAGGAGCAGAAUGUGUUGGUCCUGAGAGCAGUGAAGAGGUAAAGAUGUCUGCAGAGUGUAAACGUGUGGAGCAGGAAGGUCAGCCUGAUGCUUCAUGUGCACCACCACCAUCUUAUGCAGAUGCUGUAAAGAGAGGACAGCACAGUGAUGAUCCAUGUGUAGCAGGACCUUCUAAUGUGCACCAGGUGAACCAGAGAUGUCAGCCUGAUGCUUCGUGCAUACCACGGGUUUCAGAUACUAUAAAGAGAGGACAAGCCAGUAAAGAACCAUGUGCAGCAGGACCUUCUAAUGCAGACCGUGUAGACCCUGGAGAUCAGCCUUCUGAACAACAUGUCCGUGCAUCCCGCAGCCAGGCUUCCACCUGUAACUCACUGACCUUUCUUGCAUUCCUCCAUGAGAAUGAAAGCAUCACCAGAGCAGACCUGGACCAUGUUUUGGAUAAAGGUAACACGAUGUAUAGAGAGACCAGGAAACAAGUCACUAAUCACAUCUAUCUGACCACCGAUGAGCUUACUGAUGAAGUUCCUGCACGCAGCGCUACACACCAUGCAGACAUGACUCAGCUUUCAAGGUACGGCACAUUAGGAGAACCUUUACCUGGAGCUGUGGACAGCUUUCUGGACCUGGAGUCAGGACUCAGCUGCUUGUUGUCAGAUGUGAAGUACGCUCUGCUGUUGAUGAGACUCUUGUGUAUCGCAGUGUUCAGAACCAAGUCGGGCAGAUACGGUUUCUUUGACCCACACUCCAGAACAGCCAGAGGUUUGCCCCUACCAGCCGGUUCACGCACACCAGGUACUGCUGUCAUGGUGACAUUCUCACGUCUCAGUGACAUGAUUGACAGGCUCAAGAAGUCCCACAGAAUGAUGGACACACAGUCCUCCUGUAACUAUGAGUUAAAGCCUGUGGAGUUCUACAAUGUGAACACAGUCAACCUGAACGGUGGUCUCCCAAACACAGACUGCAGACCUACAGCUGUCCCUGUGGAUGAAUCAAACUCACCUAUAGCCACUGAUCAGACCAGUUCACCUGAAACGACUCCUCACACUCCAGCUGUAAAUCAACCAGAGGUCCUCAUCACAACAUCAUCACAUGAUGCUCCUCACACUGAAUCAGAAUCAACCGCUCAAGUGAUAAACCCUGUUCUCAGUGAUCCAUCUGACGACAUAUUGACAGCAGAGUCCAGUGACAUCAUCUUUACAUCAUCGGUGAGACAACAAGAGGUCAUAAACUCCAAUGAACCAGAACUGUCAACUAAAUCCACUUUCCUUCCAUCACAUGAUGCUUCUCUCAAUGAACCAAGUAUUUCUUCUUCAGUAGCAAAUACUGUUGCCAGUGAUCUAUCUGAUGUUCUAUUACAGGGAAUCUCAUGCAAACUGACAAAGUGUGAUAAAAACAAAAGGAGAAAAAUGAAGAGAAGACUGAUCAUCUCAGAGAAAACUCAACAAAGACAAGAGAGUAAAAAAAGGAAAGAAAGGGAAAAGUAUGCUUCAAAUAAAGCAUUUAAAACAGAAAAAAAAUCUCAUGCAAAAAGCAAAUAUCAGAACAACCCUGAAUUUAGACAAAAGAAAAUCAAUAAUACAAGAGACAACGUUGACUUUCAACAAAAACGGAAAGAGUACAUUUCAAACAGGUACAGAGAAAAUGCUGAUUUUAGACAGAAAAAAAAACAAAUCUUUGUCUCUCGUUACAGAAAUAAUCCUGAUUUUAGAGAGAAGAAAAAACAGCACUUUACGAACCGCUACCGAGACAAUGCUGAGUUUAGAAAGGGAAAAAAACUGUCCUUCACUGCUUUUUAUAAAAACAACAUUGAUUUUAGACAAAAGAAGAGAGAAAAAGAGAGAUCUCACAUUAUUCAGCGAUACGCUCAUGACCAGGCAUUCAGGCUGAGACACAAACAACUAAUGAAACAACGAAUGAAAGACAGAUACAAAAACAAUCCUACAUAUAAGAGUAUGCGGAACAUGAGAUGUGCCAUGAAAAUAAAAAGGAAAUACAGACAGAUAAAUAAACCGAUAGAAGAAAGUGACAACAGUUUGAUCAAAGAGGCCAUAUCUGUUUUCAGGUCACAAAUAAAGUCCGGUCCCACUUAUGUUUGCACCGUCUGUCACAAAGCAUCAUUUCCAAACCAAGUGAAACCCUGUAAAAGGUUAAACUAUGUACGAAAUCCAGACGUGGCUGCAGCAUGCCUGACAGGAAAGUACGUCCAUGUGUGUGAUGAUGAGUGCAGAGAUGAACAACAGUGUAAUGUGCCUGAUGAGAGAAAGGAAGAGUGGAUCUGUCACACCUGCCACAAUCAUCUUAAAGAUGGAGUCAUGCCGACACUCGCUGUAGCCAACAACUUGGAGCUCGCUGACAUUCCACCUGAACUGUGUGACCUCAACAUAUUGGAGCGACAUCUCAUAGCCAAGUGCAUAGCGUUUGCAAAGAUUAUUCCUCUUCCCAAAGGACGCCAGAGAGCGAUACAUGGCAACGUGGUUUGUGUCCCGUCUGAGGUGCAGGAAACAGUGGAAGCGUUACCCAGACUGAGAAGUGAGUCUCAAGUGAUGAGAGUAAAGCUGAAGAGACGAUUGUGUUACAGAGGACAUCAGCUGUUCCAGACUGUCACCUGGUCUAAACUAGUGCAGGCGCUGCAUAUACUCAAACGCAUUCAUCCACAAUAUCAGGACAUCCCUAUCAGAGAUGAGGCCGAGCUUUGUGACCCAACACUUCCUGAUGAAGAUGACGAUGAUGAUGAGGAUGCCACUAUGGAUGACAACGACUAUGAUGAUGCUGAUUUCAAGGAAAUUGACAUGUGUGACAAAAGUGCACUGUGUGAGACAGAAACUGAGCUUGAUGGAGAGCAGGAUGUUGACAUGUUGUCUUGUGAUGGUGAACAACCAGAGCAGCAAAGAGAUGAUGAAGAACAGGAAGGUGAAAUGCCCAACGGUGGUUUUGCUCUAGAAUCAUGUCUUCAGCCGUGUGAUGUUUCAGAGGAGAUCUUAUGUUUCAGUGAAGGAAUCUACUCGGUUGCCCCUGCAGAAAGUAACAGUCCAGUUGGUUUCUUCAAAACUCCUAAACUUGAGGCGAUGGCUUUCCCUGUGCAGUUCCCUACAGGCCAAAACACACUGGAUGAAGGGAGACGUAUGAAAGUAACACCCAGCAGUUAUUUCAAAGCGAGGCUUUUCUGUGUUGAUGAUCGUUUUGCCAGAGAUACAAACUACUUGUUCUUUGCUCAGUUUGUGACUGAAAUACACUUGGCCACAUCCAGCAUGACGAUACAGUUGAGGAAAGGAAAGCCAAUGACUCGAGAUGGACGAAAAAUAACGUCUGGUAUGCUGCAAAACAAACGAGAGGUAGAGAAACUGGUGAGAAACAAAGAUGCAGUCAGAUUCAUGCAGCCGCUGAGAGGAACACCAGCCUACUGGGAGAAAACCACACGAGACCUUUUUGCCAUGAUCAGACAGUUGGGAACUCCCACAUUCUUUUGUACAUUUUCUGCAGCUGAGAUGCGUUGGCCUGAAGUGAUUGAGGCAAUAAAAAGACAGCAAGGUGAGGAGGUGAACUUUGAAGGGCUCGACUGGUCAGCAAAGUGUGACAUUCUUAGAAGCAACCCUGUAACAACAAUGCGCAUGUUUGAUAAGCGUGUUGAGGCCUUAUUCAGAGAUGUGCUCUUAUCUCCUGCACAGCCUCUUGGCAAAGUCGUUGACUACUUUUACCGAGUUGAGUUUCAGCACAGAGGAAGUCCACACAUUCACUGUCUCAUAUGGGUAGAAGGUGCACCUGUGUUUGAGGAGGAUGAUGAUAAGACUGUUUCGGAUUUUGUGUCUAAAUACAUCACAGCUCAGCUACCUGACCAACUCACACAACCUGAACUGUACAAGAAGGUCACAGAGGUGCAAAUACACAGCAAAAAACACUCACGGACGUGUUUCAGAAGUCCCAGCUCGGGUUGCAGAUUUGGUUUUCCUAAACCACCUUCCAGAAAGACAAUGAUAUCGAGACCUGGUGAGGGCGUUGCUCCACUGCAACUGCAAAUAGCAAAGUCCAAGCUCCAACCACUGAACUUGUUGCUGAAUGAACCUGAAACUGCCUCACUCGGUUUGCAGCAGCUACUCAGUAAAUGCAACUUAACACUCCAAGAGUAUGAAGGAUGCCUCAAUAUCAUCAACAAAUCCAGUGCGGUGAUCCUGAAACGUGAACCAAAGGACUGCUGGGUAAAUGGAUAUAAUGCACAUCUACUGGAAGCUUGGGAUGCCAAUAUUGAUGUCAGUUAUAUUCUCAAUGCAUAUUCGUGCAUCAUGUAUCUCACCAGCUACAUCACCAAAAAGGAAUCUGGACUUUCUGAGUACCUUAAAACAGUCAUUGAAAACUCCACCAAAGACCACGUCAAUGAAUGUGAUGAAAUGAGGGAAAUCAUGCAGGCGUACUCUAAAAAGAGAGAGGUCAGUGCUCAGGAGUGUGUGACUCGUGCAUGUGGAAUAAACAUGAAGAAGUGUUCACGUGGUGUCAUAUUCGUGCCUACAGAUGACAACGCACUGAAAAUGAGUCGCCCCAUGUCUUACCUGGAGAACACAACAUUAGAAAGUGUAAAUGUGUGGAUGACGUCUUUGACUGACAAAUACAAAUCCAGACCAGAAACACCAGAGUUUGAGCAAAUGUGUUUGGCUGAUUUCGCAGCUACUUGCAGAAUUGUCUACGGCCAGCAGAAAAAAGGAAAAGAUGUGUUGCCUCUCCUCAAUGACAUGGGAUUUGUGCAAAAGCGUAAAAACGAUAAGCCCGCUAUCAUCAGAUUUUACCGCUGCUCACAGGAAAAAUAUCCAGAGAAGUUCUAUGGCACAUUACUGAAACUGUACAUUCCUCACCGAUCAGACCUGGAACUGAAAAGACGGCAUUUCCCCACGUACGAGUCCUUCUACAAGAGUGGUUGUGUCCAACUACCAGGUUCUGACCAUCCUGAGUAUGUCCGUCACAUUGUGAAACGAAACAAAGACAAAUAUGAGAAAAACAGCGAGGACAUUGAGAAUGCAGUGGAAGAAUUUGAACAGAACAGAGGAGUGAUUGAUGAAUGGUGCAAUCUGGCUCCAGAAUCUGAAGUGGAAGGUUGGAAUGUAUCGAAGAACUGGAGGCAAGAGAGCCAGAUCAUGAAAAUGUUCAAGAAAAUGUUCCAGAAUACACUAAUCAAGCUAAUGCUGCAACAGAAGCCAGAGCCAUCAGAGAGCCUCCGACCUUUGACCCCACAGUGCUACGGAAAAUGUAUCAGAACCUGAACCAGAAACAAGCAUGUGUGUUCUAUGCAGUUAGAGACUGGUGCGUAAAGCGUGUUUGUGGCCUAAAUCCUGAGCAGUUUUUCUUUUACGUCAAUGGUGGUGCUGGAACAGGAAAGUCACAUCUCAUUAAAUGCAUCUACUCAGAAGCAUCUAAGAUACUGUGCAAACUGCCCAGCCAUUCUGAGGAGGUCGACAUAUCAAACCCCACGGUCCUGUUGACAGCUUUCACUGGAACUGCAGCCUUCAAUAUAUCAGGAUCAACACUGCACUCUCUGCUCAAGCUUCCACGGAGUUUGAA